AUGGCCGUUCCCCACGCCUGUUGUGGUCCUCCAUCGGGAGACCUAGAUACCGCUUAUAACCCUGCCGCCCACGAACGCCCCGAGGCGCGCCGCGGUCCGCUUACGCUCCCUGAUUACCCAGCACCCCUGACUGCCCGCAUGAGCAUCCUCCCAAUGCCUGGUCGGCAGCUGAUGCCGGAGUAUGGUAUAUGGCCGUCCCGCGCGGUUCGGAAGCAGCAGGUUUCGCGACUGCUCCGUCUUCACCAAAUGACGCCCCAAGCCCCGAGACUUCGGUCCAACCCCCCAGCUCCUCCGCAGCCUGACCCGACAGGGGGCUUAGACGAGACUGAGGCGGCGAGGGAGUUUUGUGAGUGGCUCCAGGCAUGCCCCGAAGACACGCUCAUCGUCUACACUGACAGUUCGCAGAGCGAGGACGGCGCCUGCGGGUAUGGGUACUCGUUGUGGCUGGGUCCCGAUGAAGUGUCGUACGGCAGCGGUCGGAUUCCACUUGCCGAGGUAUACGACGCAGAGGUCAAGAGCGCCCCCGAAUAA